CAGUUCUUGUGGUUCCACAAAGAGAACACAUUCAGAACAUCUGGCUUAAAAACAGUAGGAAACACACUACAACAACAACGAGCUAGUUAGUGAUCAUUCACAAUGCUCUGCUGCUCGUGUUUGUGGUGGAAGCUCAGAAGGUCCAAGAGAAUCUCCACAAACCCCCUCUCUGCAGAUAAGUGUCUUCUAUGUGGAUUCAAACAAGAAGGAAAAUGACCAAUAAAUUAAGUCUGCAGAAAGGAAGCAGAAAUUGGAAGACAUAAUAAUUGUGCUUGACAAGGAGUUACAAAAGUUGAUCAUUUCUUUGCACUUGGAACACCGUAAGAGUGAUACAGAUCCAAACACAUCCAGGAGCAAGAGGCUCACAGCAUCCUCCAGUCUGAGGUCAAUGAGUUAAAAAGAUCAUCACUCAGCUGGUGGAGAAGAACAGUGAGCGGAAGAAGACUGAUACACAAGUGCGUGAAAACAAAGAACUAUGGCUUCUCAGACCAAAGUGCUGAUGCUUCUUAUUCUUGCCAUAGCAGGAGCAACUUUGGAUCUGCCAGUAAAGAACUGCCCAACUGGAUGGACCUUCUAUUCUGGUCGCUGCUACUUGUACAAUGCCGCCAGACUGGAUUGGGCUUCUGCAGAGAAAUUCUGUCAGAAAUUUGAUGCACACUUGGUCUCAAUACACAGUGAGAAUGAAUAUCAGCAGAUAAAGGCUCUUAUCCGUACUCAUGACCCCACGGAGGCUCUAACAUACAUCGGCCUCAGUGACUGUCAGAAGGCUUUUCAAUUCUUUUGGUCUGAUGGCACCAAAUUGACUUUCACCAAGUGGAGACAAGGACAACCAGAUAAUUAUGACAACAAAGAGCGCUGUGUGCAUAUGAAUGCUGGUGACUACAAAAACUGGAAUGAUAUUAAUUGUGACUACACCUAUCCCUCUGUGUGUGCCAAGAAAAGUGGCUGAAACGCUUCCUACUGCAUCUCACCAAAUAUAAUACAAUAUUUUUUCCUCAUCACUGAUGAAUUUAUAAAAUGAUUCAGUGGCAGACUUCCAUAAGCAAUAAAAAAAUCUAAAAAAAAAAUUAUAUGUAUAAAUAAAAAAAAAAAGGUUAUGUUUUGUAUGAUUUUAUUUUCUUCAUGGCUAUCAUUAAUUGUAAUUUUUAAAACACUCUCAGAAAGCUAGAUCCAUCUAGCACAUGCAGAAUUGUUUUGUCAAAACAUCCCACGAUCCCUUAAGGUGAUAUUUUAAAAUGGGUUCUGGGGACACCAGGGGUCUGAGAGGUAUAAUAUUUAUAUAGCCAGAUAUACAGAAGUUUCCCUGAAAUCUGUUUUGCACUUAAAUGGCAUACAUUUUGAGGUCUAAACUGGUCUAUGACCAACAACAUUAUAUAUAAAUGUGUGUGUGUGUGUGAAAUGUUUUACAUAUAAUUAUAUACACACACAUUCUGUUACGUGCUCAAUGUGUCUAGGGGUUGUUGAGAAUGUGCAAAUGAACAUGAGAACUUUCCUUUUCCUCUAUCCCAGCUCUUCUCACUUUUUAAAUUCAUGCUUCUCAUAAAAGAUUCCCACAAAUCCCCUCUAUUUAAACACCAUGAUUUGAAAGAACAUUUUAAAUAUUCUUAAAUUGAGUUUAUUGUUCAAGGCUCAACAAAAGGCAAUGAAUAAGUUAUAUACAAAUGCCAGAAUAAAUAAGCCUAAACAACCAAGGCGUCAGGAGAGAGCAAAUGCCGAAAACAACAAACAAAACAGAAACCUACUUAAGGUUAACAAAUUAACUUCCCUGCCCAAAAUUAAAGACAUUAUUCUCACUGCUCACCCUGACUAAAGAAAAACAGGUGAAAAACAUAGAAGGGGUAUAAACCCAAAUAAAUCGGCGCUCAUCUCGCAACACAGGUUGACGGAGGCAAUGUUAAAAUAUGUCCUCAGUUGUGGGUGUUGUGAUGCUGUGCAGUUCUGUGCUGUGUGAAUGAGUAGGUCACAAGGGGGCACUGAGAGUAUGGGUUAAUUAGGUAAACGCGUUUUUUUAUGUUGUUGAACUGUCUGACCGUGAGACUGAUGUGCAGACGAUGAAAAAUAAAUAUGCCUAGAAAGGCUAAAGGCAA